AUGGGCAACCCGGAGAACCGCAGCGACGGCGUAGAGGGCACGGGCGAGCCGCCGUGGGCCGUGCUGCCGCCGUGCGACGAGAGCCGCUGCUCGCCCUUCCCCCUGGGGGCGCUGGUGCCGGUGACCGCCGUGUGCCUGGGCCUGUUCGCCGUCGGGGUGAGCGGCAACGUGGUGACCGUGCUGCUGAUCGGGCGCUACCGGGACAUGCGGACCACCACCAACUUGUACCUGGGCAGCAUGGCCGUGUCCGACCUGCUCAUCCUGCUCGGGCUCCCCUUCGACCUGUACCGCCUCUGGCGCUCCCGGCCCUGGGUGUUCGGGCAGCUGCUCUGCCGCCUCUCGCUCUACCUGGGCGAGGGCUGCACCUACGCCACGCUGCUGCACAUGACAGCGCUCAGCGUGGAGCGCUACCUCGCCAUCUGCCGCCCGCUCCAGGCCCGCGUCCUCGUUACUCGGCGCCGCGUCCGUGCGCUCAUUGCCGCGCUGUGGGCAGUGGCGCUGCUCUCCGCCGGGCCCUUCUUCUUUCUGGUGGGCGUCGAGCAGGACCCCGACCGCCAAGCGGUCCAGGACCUUAACGGCACCGCGCAGCUCACCGCCUCGCCGCCACCGCCACUCCUCGGGUCCUCUAGGGCGCCAGCGCUGUCCCCUCCGUCGGCGCCCGAGGCCGCGGCGGCCGCUGCGCUGUUCAGUCGAGAGUGCCGGCCGAGCCCCGCGCAACUGGGCGCACUGCGCGUCAUGCUGUGGGUCACCACCGCCUACUUCUUCCUGCCCUUCCUGUGCCUCAGCGUCCUCUACGGGCUCAUCGGGCGGGAGCUGUGGCGGAGCCGCGGGCCGCUGCGAAGCCGGGCCAUCCCCGGGCGGGAGAAGGGCCACCGGCAGACCGUCCGCGUCCUGCUGGUGGUGGUUCUGGCCUUUAUAGUUUGCUGGUUGCCUUUCCACGUUGGCAGAAUCAUUUACAUAAAUACUGAAGAUUCCCGGAUGAUGUACUUCUCUCAGUAUUUUAACAUCGUUGCUCUGCAACUUUUCUAUCUGAGCGCAUCCAUCAACCCCAUCCUCUACAACCUCAUUUCAAAGAAGUAUAGAGCAGCAGCCUGGAAACUGCUGCUGGCCAGAUGGUCCAGACAGAGAGGUUUCUGCAGAAGCAGGGCGGCUGAGAGGGACCCUGGAGGAGACGCGGCUGGCUGCACGGAGACCAGUGCUAAUGUACAAGCGUCAGCACUCAGCACCGCCAAGCAGGGCGCCUCAUCCCACAGCUCUGGGACCUAAGGGAAAAUACCUCUGGAAGGAGAAAUUCCUCAAGGGGGGAACCCAGUGCUGUUAGGAAGAACUGGUAAGAGUGGUUGACGUUUUGCAGGUUGGUCAGCAACUUAGCAUGAUUAAAAACACACAGCAAAUUAUGAAAUGUAACCCUACCGAUCUGUCUGGUUUUCCAUUCAUGUACCUCCCUGGAGACAUUCGUUUUAUCCUCCUGAAAUCCCAAAUCACAACAUGUGCUCUGGGGAGGCUUUGCAAAUCCUCAUUCUCCUGCUCUUGGGAAAUAUGACCGCUCAUGUUCUGGUUAACAAGUGAUCCGGAGAGACGCUGCCAUCAACACUGCCACCGGUGAGGUCAGGGGUAUAUUCUGUUUUUAUGUUUUGGAUAUAAAUAUGAUGGUGCAUAUACAAGGAAUCCAGGGUAAUGAGAGUUUUGACCCAAGGACUUACUUAAUGCCUAUAUAUGGCAGCAAAAAUGUUUAGAAAUAAGGGAAAGAGAUUCUGGGUAGAGUCCAGUGUCCAAGGGUCCUGUCUCUUUCAGGCUCAGAGCAAAUCCUAAAGUUUAGGCACAAUUCUCUCUUUUAAACCCGGUCGCUGAAGCCUGAGGGCAGGGAGCUGCAGGAGGACAGCUUCUUGACAAAGUGACUGCUAAUGGCAUUGAUAAGAGCCCUCAUAUGCCUUAUUCACCUCAGCUUGGUGGGAUAAGUGUUCUCACCAUUCCUGUUCCAGUAGCGACGGAAGAGAGUCUCAGGUCUGAGUCUAAACUCCAGUCUUUAAGAGCCUUACUGCCCCCACCCUGAGAAGCUGCCAUUUCAGCAAAACUCAAGAGUCAAUGGAUGGAGUCAACGGGGAAAGAGACUGUGCUGGACAUUCUGACCAACAACUCUUAACUUUU